UAAGUCACACUACUCUGUUCUCUAGAGGUCUUUGGACGAUGAAACAGCUAAUCCGCCGUCUAACGCGAGUCGCGGACUCAACACAGUAUAGCCUCCUCCGGUCUGAAUCCCAUCGUGGCCGCACCAAGAAGGAGAAACACAAAUCUUGGGUUCCCGAGGGACACGUGCCUGUAUAUGUAGGCCAAGAGAUGGAGCGGUUCGUGGUGAAUGCGGAGCUUCUCAACCACCCCGUUUUCGUAGCAUUGCUAAAGCGGUCGGCUCAAGAGUAUGGAUACGAGCAACAAGGAGUGCUUCGCAUCCCUUGCCACGUACUUGUGUUCGAACGCAUCUUGGAGUCUCUCCGUCUCGGACUCGCCGAGUCACAUGACCUACACGAUCUCUUUUGAAACAUAAGACGUUUCUAGUGUCUUAUAUCUUGCUACUUAUCUAUAGAGGAGACAGAGUUAUGUAAAUACCUAUUCUUUAUCUAAGGUUUAUCAGAUCUAUUUGAUGAUGGGAUUAUAUAUGUGACAAAAUCGAGAUUUAAUUAAGCCUUUUAUUUUUC